AUGGCCGAUCAGAAAAGCUCACCCGCCAAGUCAUAUGGCUUUAUCGGGCUUGGUGUUAUGGGAUGUGGGAUGGCAAAGAAUUUAGGAGCCAAGAUACCGGAAGAUUCGACGUUAUAUGUUUGCGAGGUCGUCGCUGAACGCCGGGAUCAAUGGGUGGCUGAAACACCCGGCGACAUACAAGUCGUGACGAGCCCACGGGAAAUCUCCGACAAUUGUGACAUCAUUAUAACAAUGCUUCCCAGAGGAGAGCACGUUCGGGAAGUAUUUACGAACCGUAAUACUGGACUUCUCUCUCUGCAAUCUUCACCGAAAGCGGGUGGUAAGAUCUUCAUUGAUUGCUCAACUAUCGACGUCAAGACAUCACAAGAAAUUGGAGACGCUGUCAAGGAGUCUGGGCUUGGAGUCUUCGCCGACGCCCCAGUCUCAGGAGGUGUGGGAGGUGCCAAUGCUGGAACACUGACCUUCAUGGUUGGUAGCAGUCCAGAGGUGUUUGAACUAGUCAAGUCAACCAUUGUGCAUAUGGGCAAGCCCGAGAGCAUCUUCCAUUGUGGCGGAGCCGGUGCGGGCCUGGCCACUAAACUGAUCAACAACUAUCUGUCGGCUGUCAACAUGAUUGGAGUCUGCGAAGGGAUGAACAUGGGACGGUUAUACGGGCUCAACCCUAGUGUUCUGGCUGGAGUCAUCAACGUCUCGACAGGCAUGUCGCGCAACAGCCGAGAGCAAAACCCUGUCAAGGGAAUAUCUUCCAUUGCAUCUUCUGCCAAUGAUUUCGAGGGAGGAUUCACGACCGAGUUAUGCCGAGGUGUCCUCGAUAUGUCCUUGGAGCUGGGUGAACAGUUGAACGCAGGUAGUGUUCUGGGUCCUGUGGUUCAGACCUUUUUCAAAAAAGCUGUUCAGAGUGAAAAGUGCCAAGGGAAGGAUUUUAGAAGCAUAUAUCGACUGUUCUCGGAGGAUAAUGGUUCCGAGCUUCCUUAG